UGCGCGGGAGAAACUUCAGUGUGGUUUGGAAGAAAAAAAUGGACGAUCGGGGUGAGAGAAAAUCAGUGAGAAAGUGAAAAGUGCAAAUUGGAGUGAUUCCAUCGUGUUGUUUGCGCAAAAGAGUGCCUUGAGAAAGCGUGCGACACCUUCGCCUAUGAAAACUAUGGACAGGCAGCAGCAGCACGUGAUGAUGAGGAAGGAGGAGUAUUGAUAAUCGAGCAGAGGUCAAGCAUUGUGCUAAUAAGAUAUUCAAAAGGUUGCUCAGUGUUUUUUUUUUUUUAAUUUCUGCUUCCUCACAAUAUAUUGAUGAUGAAUCAACCAACGUGGAAUGUUAUUGAUUAGAAUGUUUCAUUAUUGGAAAAGUUCUCUCGUCCAAGAUCAUUGAUGCUUAUUCAGAAUUCUUAUUAGAAAGUUUUUUAGAUGAGGAUUUUUUAAGAGAGAAUAAGAGGAUUGCCUGGAGAUCAUGUGAAGGCUUAUUUGACUCUCUUAUCAGGCAGCGGGUGAUAAGCUGCUGAAAGUAGAAUUGUCUUAAUUCUUGUAAUUCCUGCGAAUGAGAAAGUAUUUGAAGAAUUUUGUCUUUUUCUUGAUUAUUUUCUGGAUUUUAAGACCAUUUUUUUGGAACUGCCUUAAUCUUUAUUAAAAAUUAACACGUCGUGCACUAAUCGACGUCUCCAGACAUUUUUUACACUUCAAGCAAGUUUUUUGACAAUAAUUACCCGGCUAACACAUAUUGGAUAUAAUUUUUAUAAACUGAUAUUUUUCCAAAAAAGAGAAAAGCUAAAUUGAAUAAAUUCUGAUAUUUCUCAAGAAAAUUGAAAGAUUUUGAUCAAUUUAAUUGACAAAACGAAUUCUUGGGCAAUUUGUUUGACAAAUAAAUUUAACUUCUGUCAAAAAAUUUGACAGAACUACAAUAUCUGUCAAAAUUAAUUCGAAUCCUCUCUCAAGUUAUUUUUAUUGAAUAAUAAAAUGCGUUUUGAGAUACUUUUUGCUCUUCCUAGCAGCUGUUUUAUUCUUGUUCUUAUUUUUUAGAGAAAAUUUAUUUUUUAAGCUCAUUUCUUGGUUAUGACUCUUGUAAAGGUUCAAUAAAUAAUCUAAAAUUAUCCAAAAGACUUGAUUAAACUUUUUCUUUUAGCUUUUUCUCAGUUAAUUUCAUUGCAAAUUGGAAGUCUUUUUGUUGAUUUUUAAUUAUUUUUUUUUUUUAAUUCUUUACAUGAUUAUGUUUAUCCCGCGUAUUUAUCCGAUAGACAUCAUGAUCCAUAUAAACUUGAAUAAACUCCUUUUAACACUUGGAGGACCGAACACUUUUUACCUACGCGGAGGAUCAAAAUGGUCACACUGUCCGUCAUAAUAAGAAGGUCAAAUAUUAAAUGUUUUGGUAAUUGUAGAUCUGCUUAUUGAAUGAGGAUCAAAAGUUCGAUUAAUUCUCAAUCUAUUUCAAGUAUUAUUGCACUCAAUUUCUAAAUAAUUUAUCAUAAAAAAAAUAAUGAAGAAAAGUGGCGUAGAAUCAAUGCAAAACUACCAUUUCAAAUCAAAUUUUUUCCUACAAUUUUGUCAAGUUUCUUAUUGAGCCUGAAUAAUCACUUCCUUCAGUUCUCUAAGUAACUAUCUUACCACUUCCGGCAUAAAAAUGAGUUCACACUAAUGAUUUUCAUCGUGGAAAAGUGAAUAAGAGAUCCAGAUUUGGUAAAUACGGGGAAACAUAACCUCAAAAAGCUGUCAAAAAUGCAUGAGAAUUUGAAUGGCCACUGUGUCCAUUUUCAUCCUCUGCGUAUAAUUUCGACUUGGACCUUAAUUAUCUUUUAAAAAGAAAAUAUUUUCCGGUUUUUCUUUCACCUAACUAAAAGUAAUUGAAAUUCCCUACACAUAGACGUGAUAAUUAUCACGAUAGGUCCAAUACAUUUUAAUCUACGGCGAUUUAAAAACUCGAAAUGGCCACGGUGUCCACAAAAAUCCUCCAGUGUUAAUAUUUUUUCUUCAUGACGUUCUAAUGCUAAUGCAUUUGACAUUUCGAUAGCAAAGAGAAUCUUCUCCAGGUCAAUGUUUUUUUUUUUUAAUAAAUACGACAAAGUGCUGCUGCAAGCGACAAUUUUUGAAUAAGAAAGAAAAUCAAAUUGUCAAUAAAAGUUUAUUGAAAAAAUUAAAUAAAAAACCGAAAAUAACGUUUUUUUUUCAAUGUCGAAAUGUUUUUUUUUUUUUAAAUGAGGAAGAAAAUUAAAAGCUGCUGGUGCUUUUCCAUAGUUAAAUAUACUCUGCGCAUUGCCACCUUGAUAAAUAGUGCUGACUGUGGGUGAUUCACAUGACCCUCAUGACUUUUUUUCUCCCUCUCUUCCUCUCUCUCUUCAUGGUGUUUUUGUGUUGCAUUAGGUCAGGCGCAUCAGGAAGAAAAUAAAUUUAAAAGAAAAAUAAAUAUUAUUAGAGUCAGAAGAAAAAAAAAAAGAAGAAAAGGAAAGAAGCGUUGAGAAGGAAGAAAGAAAUAGAGAAAGAAAUUUUGAAAAGUAAAAAAAACUUUUCAUAAUCACCCCCGAAAAGACGUCCGGAAGGGGUACUUCCUGGACGCCGGCAAGGAGAGGUCUUGACGCUAAUAUGCCGAUGAUAUCGACUCGUAGCUCGGGUACGUCGUGCUUGCCACCAUCCGUGGGUUCGUACUGCACCACGUCGGCAACAAAGAGUCGCUUUAGUAGUAGCAGCCACAGCAGUGGGUACAGCUCAUCCCUCGGGGAUAGCUACUUGAGUCGCUACCGUAGCCCCCUGUCGAGUGUUGGCUCCAGCUCAACAACAUCAUUGUACCAUCGGACAAAUGAUUCACCGAGUCGGAGUAUCAGCAGCAGCCUCAGCGUCACCUCCUCCAAUGCGCGAUUUGGAGUAAGUAAAGUACCCCGAGCGAGUUGCGAUAGAGACCCCUCAUCAUCCACAUCAUCGUCGGGUGGUCGUUUGCGCUCCACAGACAGUCGUACACGUGACAGUGAUUCAUCGUCGUUUGCACGCACGCUCGCCACAUCCGGUGCCGAUCUAUAUGAGAAAUAUAGUCCGGCAUACUAUAUACCAAAAUGUGAAUUGUCACGUUCCAGAUCACUGUCGGAGGCCAGUAAAUUCGCCCCGACACCACCCCAGGAAAUGACCCACCAAACAACUGACACAGCAACAUGUGUUGUUGGUACGGCGAAUGGGGCACUGUCUGGGGGUCAGCAGCAAAUUCCGGGGCUCAAUGCUACCGCUGCAGCAGCGGUGGCACCCGGUGGGGCUGCCACGGUGAGUAAGGUAAGAGUUUGUGUGUCCCCAAAUGUGCAUCCUACGGCAAAUUCAUCAAAUGUGGCUCCCCCUCCUAUGCUGCCCAAUAAUAACAAUACCGAGAUGCUUUCCACUACUAACCAUCACAACAAUACAAUUACCACAACAACAACAACAACAACCACCUGUACUACAACAACAACGGCAACAAAGGGCACAGAGAAGCGCCAGAGAAUUUUCUUUGGUAGCUCAUACCGUGAUCAGAACUUCCUCAAGCCUGAAUGUGAUUUAGCCCGUAGUCAGGUGGUACGGAGUUCCGAUUUGGAAGCCAACAACAAUGAUACACAUCUCCUUGUUACGGGGAAUCGCCUCACAACACGCGCUGACACGCAAAAACCCCUUGUUCACACCAAAUUCCGCGGUAGAUUGCAAAUUGCUGCUGAAAAUGGAAAUGCCGCAAAGUCCGAACUUGAGGAGAUACGCAAUACAAUCCUCAAGGCAUACAAGCCACUCAAUCCUGAUGAUGAUGAGCAGGUGGCAGCGGGAAGCCCAUCCGAUUCAUCGGAUGACAUUAAAUUCAUUGACAGCGAUGACAGUGAGUAUCAGAGGAGGACACAAAAAAUCGCCACAAUGGGGCAUGUCAAGAAUGGCAGCAACAGUAGUCCCCCAAUGAGUACGGCAACACUCCCAUUUGCCGGUAGGCGGGCAGAUCCACAUCGUGGUGUGACUGCCCGGAAGGCAUCCGCGGAGGAAUACGACAAAGGUACACGGAGUGCAUCGUCUGAGCCGCCGAAUGAUAAGAUUUCCGGGAAUGUCUUGGAAGUCAAUGGAAGUAUUCGCUCAACGAGCCUCCGGAGCGCCCUUCCGCCCGUUUCACCCGUCCGCUCGUGGGAUCGUUCACGCUAUCGCGAUAUCUACGACAGUGAUUACAAGACAUCCUCCUCAACACUGUCCACAUCCUCCAUCCUGAAGGAUACUUAUGAUAAGCUCACAACAGAUAGUGGAGAAGGCCUCUGUGGGCUUCGAAAUAUCGGCAAUACGUGCUUUAUGAACAGCGUGAUUCAGUGCCUGAGUCACACAAAUGACCUCACGACGUUCCUCAAGGGGCAACGUGACCCAAAAUCCGUCACGAAGGAUCAGCGAAUUUUCAGUGAAUUCGUCAAGUUGAUCAAGGAGAUGUGGAGCCCAAAUGUGCGCAGUGUUACGCCGAGUGAUCUCAAGUCUGCCUUCUCGAGUAAACAUCGUAUGUACAGCGGGUGCGCGCAGCAGGAUGCUCAGGAAUUCCUUCGUUUCUUCCUCGAUAGUCUCCACAGUGCCCACAAUGAGGGUACCAAAACGGAGGGUCUGCAGCUGGCGGAUAAUCUCAAUGAUACCCGCAAGGCGGAUCUCAUGUGGGAAUGGUACUGCAAAACGGAGAAAUCCAUGAUAAAGGAUCUCUUUGUGGGGCAACUUCGGAGUACGCUCAAGUGCACAGUUUGUGGGAAUACCAGCGUAACAUUUGACCCCUUUUGGGACUUGAGUCUUCCCCUGCCGGCAAGUUCGUCGCGCAGUAAACUCGAGAAUUGCCUUGAGCUGUUUAUACGCGAAGAGAUUCUCGAUGGGGAUGAAAUGCCAACGUGCUCAAAGUGCCAAACACGGCGCAAAAGUACGAAAAGCUUCACAAUUCAGCGAUUCCCAAAAUAUUUGGUGAUUCACUUGAAGCGCUUCUCAGAGACACGUUGGAGUAAACUCACGAAUAUCAUUGAAUUCCCAACGGGCGAGAAGGAGCUCAAUCUCACACCGUAUGCUUCCAGCAGCAACAACCACUCAUCGACUCUCUAUUCCCUCUAUGCAAUCUCCAACCACAUGGGUUCCACUGGUGGUGGGCACUACGUGGCUCUCUGCAAGCACCCGCAGACGGGGAAGUGGCACGAAUUUGAUGACAAUAUUGUCAGAGAUGCAACCGAAAGCAGCCUAGUUUCCUCCAGUGCCUAUCUCUUGUUCUACGAGCGCGUCUAGGUAAAAGUAAAAUUUACAUAAAUUACAUAAAUUCGCAAGGUAUUGAAUGGCAGAAGAGAAGCAAAAAAAAAAAUAAGAAAGGGAAAAUUUAAAGAUUUUAGUAAAAGGAAAAUUUUAGGAGAUUUUAAAGAAAAGUUCAACAAAUUGUAUGAAGAAAAAAUAUUUUUUUAAAAGUAUUUUGCGAGAUUUUUUUUUGCUGCUUAAAAAUUUUUAUUGCAAAAACAAUAUUUAACUUAAAUAGAGAUUCUUUUAUUUUGAAUAAAAUUAAAGAUAAUUUCCAACUCAGACACGUAAAAGAAGAAAAAAUAAAUAAAUAUUUUUAUACACAGAGUGUUUUUUUUUUGCAAAAUGUUUUUUCGUGCUUUAACCUAAGAAUUUUAAAUAAGAAAAAGUCACUAAAAGAGAAAAUAUUAUUAAUAUAAAAUAAUUUAUUUUUGCAAUAGAAAUAACAACAUGAUUUAUUUUUUAAAGAUUUUUCUUGUCGUCGAAUAAUAAACUUUCAUAAAACUUCUCAUGAAUUGUGGAUUUUUUUUAAAGGUUUAGAGAGGUUGAAAUUAAGGGAGUUUAGGGUUUGGUUUUCAAGCUUAAAUUCUCUAAAGGAGGAAAACAAAACACAGAGAUUAAUAAAAAGUAAAAGUCUCGAAGAAA